AUUCCUUCUCACCAAACAUGAAAUUACUCCAGAUAUUCUCUUUGCUCGGCCUGGUGUCAUCAGUUGUGUGUCUAAAGUCAUGCUAUCAGAAAGCCGCUUUUACUCAGUAUUGGAUUCCCAAGGAGGGCACAAAGGAUAUGCUCAACGAUGGCAAAGUUGUCACCUUGACAGGGCCGGCUACUUAUUCUCUGAAAACGUCCUCUGGAAAACUAAUCCAAAAGGUUUCCAAGAUCACUUACCAGAAAUUUCAAAUGGAAGGCACUGGUCUGUUGAAGUCUGGAAAGCUAGUCAAUGUCGGUGAUUCAGAUUCUGAAUUCGUAGUUCUAGAUCAAAAUAAGCAUCCUUUUGGUCUUGGCAGCGAUGACAAAAACAUAUAUCCAUUUGUGUCUGUAGCUUCAAAUGACUUACGUCAAGGAACUUUAUUGUACAUCAAGGCGCUUGACGGCAAGACUUUACCAACUGGCAAGAAACACAACGGCUGCGUACGAGUUGAUGAUGUUGGCGAUUCCUUCUCUGGGUGUCAACUAGACUUCUUUGUUCUAGAAUACGCAUACUAUGAGAAGCUAGACUUACCAGAACAUGUCAGUGUCGUUCAAAAAAGCUGCAAAUUGUUAGAUUACACUACUACUGCCAUGGAUGCGUGGAUGGGUAGUACAGCUUAGAGCCACACUUUAUUUUAUAUGUUAUACAGAUCGUGAAUUUGGGGCGUUUAUCUAACAUCUGAACGACCCUAUGUAGUCAAAAAAUAAAACAUUCGAAUCAUUAGAAAAUAUUUCUGGAUGCUUUUUAUGGCCCAUGGUAUACUUGCGAGACAGCUAUUGAAUUGGCUUCAUUCAGUCAUAGGCGUCCCAAUUGGAGGGAGAGUUUCAACAAAAACUGAGGCUUAUAAUCCAAUGUCAUAAGUCACUCUUUCUUGAAUCCAAACUUUACAGCCGGU